CGGGGCAUCAGUUCGUUUCGGACAGCUAAUGGCAUCAACAUAUCGUAAAGUAAAAAGUCCCCAUCGAGACCCCGAUUCGCCUCUAAUGAACUCCUUCCCAGCUGAUAAGUGUUGACCAAGUGACUUGUGCUGUUUUCCAUUAAGGAAAAAUGGGAAAAACAAUCAAAGUAAUUGGAUGUGCUGGAGCCGGCACUCUGCUUAUAUUGCUGCUGCCUCUUUGCCUGAUCCAAAAUUACGGUCCGCCAGGCGGUAAUGUGUCCCACUCAAUGGUCACUGCUCCUCCUGGUCUUCCUCCUCCUCCUGCUCCUGCCUCUCCUAUUUAUGACCCUGUGGAAACUGGGAAAGAUGCCAUGCUGCGACUGCACCGACAGAAACGCUACCUGCUCUUCCCGGAGGGCUCCUCCUUCCAGCUGGUCUUCGACAUCAUCAUACCCAUCAUAGACUACACCAACUAUGCCAUCCUGGGCAUCACCUGCUCGGUGGCCUGGGAGCUGCCCAGUAAGCCGCCCAGCGAGCUGAUUGAAAACGUGCUCACGCGCAUCAACGACGGCACCAUCGGCACUGUCCGCCGGAACGGCAGCGUCCCUGAACCCGUUCCCGUUCCCGCUCCCGAUUCGAAUCCGGAGUUGGACUCGUCCCAUUCCCAGAAUCUCGAUCUGGACAAUCGAGGAGCCACAGCCAGUGCUAAUUGGCAGGCAGUGCACGCACCGCCAGCGAAUCCACCGGCAUAUGCGGCCAAUGAGCAGCUGGACUCAAACUCCAACUCCCACUCGUCGUACUACACGAAUAUCCAGAAUAUCCAAAGCAUCCCGGCCGCUUACCCAUAUGCAAAUGCGAAUGCGGAUGCAAAUGCAAAUGGACAGCAGCGCCAGGCGCUAUUUCCCGCUAAUUGGCAUGCGCGACAGUCGGUCGCAAAGUGGCAGCAGAGGGGGCAGGGGGUGGGGCAGGGAGGAGCAGUGGGGUCAGGAGCGGGAAGGGACAACUGGUGGACGAGGAACGGGCAUCGGGUGCAACAGAACUGGCAGGAGAAGCAGCGCAUGUGGGGCCCUUCCAAGUGGGACACUAACUACAGUCAGCGACCGCGACAGGUGCUGCGAGCACCGCCCAAACAUCAUAUAUAUCCUGUUUUUGCGAGGCGCCGGAGACGAAGAAGUGCGGAGCAGGAUUCCCAUUUCGAGCGACUCCACCUGCAGCAGCAUCUCAGCUCGAGGCAGCUGCUCUUUGGCAAAAUCGAACGCCUUUACAAGUCGCGACGACUGAAUGGCACCUCCUGUGUGCAGCGAGCUCUCUGCGAAUCCGCCCAAAGGCAGCAGCAGCAGCAGCGGCUUCAAGGAACCAAUUCGGCCAGGCCACAAAGCUUUAUAAUGGAACUACUCUCGGCCAUUUUCCAACUGCCCCAAAGCGAUGACGUCGAGGAGCCAGGGGAAUUGGAGCUAAUGAUUUCCCCCCAUUAUCUGGAGGCCCAUCGACAACAGGGCGACUGUCGGCAGCUCUACGGCGAUUGCAAUCACACAUUCUGGUUGGAUUGAAUGGCAAAGGCAAACAAUAAAUACUAGGAAACUAAA